GUUAUUUGUUGGUGAAUUGGCUGACUGGCAAUCAACUCAAAUUACCGAUAACCUACUAUUGGCAUCGUUGAUAUUCGCAAAAGUAUUCAUAAAAUAGCAGCUAUCGACUACUUCUUAUCAAAUAUUCUCACUACUCAUUAUCGUUUUUUUAAUCAUUUAUGGAACGUUCAACUACAAUGGAACAGGAAGACAAUGACUCAGCCGUGUUAGAUCUUGCUGCAAGCGAUAUGGAUUCGGGUAAGUCGUUUGAGUUGUUUGAUGGUGAUAUUGUUGAUAUCCUAAUGGAACCGAUUGUGAAUUCUAUACCAACAACAUCUCGUGCAGUGCUUCCAUCAGAUACGAGCGAAGUUCCAUCAGAUUUGAAUAAGUGCCGUACACGAAUCGAUGCGACCGUUCAACAGCAAAAACGUAAUCGACAUGUUCUCGCCGCAUUGAAUAGUCAGAUAUCAAAAUAUCGUCAAAAAGCCGCACAAACGAACGCUGAAUUGGUUGCUGGUUCAACAAACGAGGAAAGGGAUGCUUUGCAGAGUUCAAAUCUAUUGACUACAAACUCAUUAGAAACGAAUCGAAUUGAACAAACAAACGUUGGUAUCGGCGGAGCAACACGUAGCUUGAUGGCGUCAAAUGCGUUGUUCAAUCCAUCCGUUCAGAGACAUAAUGUUGAUGCGAUGCAAUCCGCAUCAUCAACUGAAGUUGUCUUUGAACAAUUAAUGGUCGAGCAAAUGAGGAGUUAUACUUUGGAGGAUAUGAAUGAAAUGCUACGUGAUAAAGCUCAGUUAGCUGUACAAGCGAAUGCUAGUUUGAGACAAGAUUUAUUAAGGGCAAGUGAAGAACUGAAAAGACUUUCAGAUGAAUACAAUUUAUUAUAUCGACAAAGCAAUCGUAAAACUCAACUGCUGAAUGUUCAAAACGAUCGCAUUCGUGAGUUAUGGUCAAUGUGUAAUACUAUCAAAAGAAAGAUGAGGGAUCUUAAUCGAGAAACAGAGCACGAUUUGGAACGACAGAAGACGGAAUUUGUUCGCUGUGCCAACAACAUGGAAAGAGCUGUGCAACAAUUCGAAUUUAAGAGACAACAGCAACAACAUCAACAGCAACAGCAUCAAUAUGAAAACGAAACUGAAGAUACAGCUUUUGAGAAUCUACUCAAGGAUUACGAAAAAAUUGUUGUGCGCAAUAUGAAGUUGGAACAUGAAGAGAGUGAAAAUGUUAAGAAGAUAAUGCAAAUGGAAUUAUCACUGAAGAGAAGCGAUGAUGAACGAGGAACACUGCGUGAUUCAAUUAAAAAAAUCCAUCAAAUGCCUGAACUAGUUGAAGCACGUGGGCGCAGAGCACGAUCAGUUAGCCCAGGUGAACGGCUCAUUAGAGCAUUCUGUGUAUUUCUUCAUCAUCCAAAUAAGCUCGUAUUAUUAUAUGAAUAUUUUGGGAUCAUAAAAGGACGUGUAUAUUUUAGGGAUGUUGGUUACAUAUCGUCAUUUGAUACGGUACGUCUCAUAAGAAAUGCAUUACAAAAUCGAGAUGAUGAAAUGCGUUUGAUGAAGAGGAAUGUCGACGAUUUAACUGAGCAAAUCGAGAACUUCAAACGACAGCUCUCAAAAUGUGAAGAUGCAAGAAGAUCAGCCGACGAACUGGCCAACGAUCUGAGAAAACAAUUGCAAAAUAUAACCCGUGAGAAAGAUGCAAUCGAUCGCGCACAUCGUCACGUUUGUCAAAAAAACGAAAGACUUGAUGCGGAAAGAAUAGAAGCUAAUGAAACAGUAAUGAAGUUGCGAGAAGAAAUCGCCGAAUUGAAUAGGUUUGCAAAUAUAAUUUUGGAUUCAUUUGUCAUUUUCUCUGUGAUAUGUAUGUGGAGAACACAUCAAACGGUAUUGGAUGAAAUGUUAAAAAAGCAACAAGAUGAAAUUGAUAAGAGACGUCGUGAGUACAACGAUUUAAUCGAUGAAAAUGAUCGUGAAAACGUAUCGAGAAUAUCAAAAUUGAGAAACGAAAUCGAAAACUGGCGAUUAGAUUUGGAGAAACAUAAGGAACAACUUCGAAUUGCGUUAGCAGAUGCAAGUACUGAACGACGGAGAGUGAAGGAUAUUGAAAUCAUAGUGGAAGACUUGAGAAAAGUGGAAAAGGAUCAAUUGCUAGAAAUUGGUGAAUUAAAACAAACUGUUGAAAAACAAAAGUUGGAAAUAAUCGAUAUGGAGAAGCAACAUACAGAAUUAAAUUCAAAAAUCACUCAAAAUGAUAUUACAAUUAAUAAGAUGAAAUCCGAAAAAGAUGCACUGACUGCCGAGAAAUUAUCGUUAACCGAACAAAUCGCUAUGUUACGUUCUGAAUUAUUGCAAAAAAAUGGACUAGUGGAACGUUUACAAAUCAUUCAAAAUGAGUCAUCCUCAAAAAUUGAUGAACUAAAAAUUCAACUGGAAACAUACGAGCGGAAUGCAAUUCAUGCGAAAGAUUCUCUUGCGGAACUUGAAGCAAAGUUGAGCGCGGCAAAUGAUCACAUAAGUGCGAUCGAAUCAGAACGCUUGAUUGAUAAAGAACAACUCGAAAAGUGUCAUUAUGAUAUCGCACUGUUACGUGAGGAACGCAACCAAUUAACCAUUGAAUUCAAUCAUUUGAAAGAGGAAAUGAUGACCGCACAAAGCACCGCAAAUAAUCUGCAGAAACAGAUAAACGUUUACGAAGAGACGAUAAAAAGUAGCAGUUUAAAACAAGUCAUCAAUGAAGAGACUAUUGAAGAGCUUAGAAAAACUGAGAAGAAACUAAAGGGUGCUUUGGAUGAGGUGAAGUUACAAAGCGAUGUCAAACUGCAAGAAAAUCAUGAGAUUUUAAAGAAGGAACGUGAUAAUUUCAAAAAGGAGUUCGAAACUUUGCAAAGGCAACUAAACGAUGAAUCGACCAAAACGAUUACUGACUUACAAAGUCGCCUUCAUAUGGCUCAAACUGGAAAAAAUGAAGUUGAAAGGCGUUUGGUGAUUGUAAAAGAACAACUGGACGAUCGAAAUGCAUCAUAUGAAAAUCUGAAAAAGGAGUUUGAAAAUUUGAAAAUGCAGUUUGAAAACAUGCAAGAGAGUUAUGAAAGGGAGGUAGAUAAAUUGAAAAACAAUCUCGAAAUGAUCGAACAGCAACGUACAGUCGAUGCUUCUGCUUGGGAUGAUGACCUUCAAAAGAUGAGAACUGAAAUGGAUGAGGCAGAGAAAAAAUGGCGAAAAGAGAAGAAUGAACUCGAGGUGAACUGUCAGGAACGGAUAAUGAUUGAAGAGAAAUUGAAUGAGGAGAUUCAAGAGUUGAAUGGAAGAUAUGAAAGUGAAAGGGAAAUGGUGAAUUAUCUGCGCAAUGAACUCGAUCAGAGGGAAGAGAUAACGAAGGGUCAACUUGAAACUUUUGAUAAUGAACGACAACAAUGGAGUUUAAAAAUCCGCUCGGCAGAGAGUGAAAGACGUCGAACCGAAGCAGAUACGGAGAUCGUAAGAUCAAAAUAUGCCGAACUUGAGAACUCAUUAGACGAUCUACAGAAACGCUUCACAUCAAAAGUGAACUAUUGUAAUGAAAUGGAAACUGAAUUGAACAAAUUGAAAGAGGAAUUGAAGAAGAAAGGAGAUUCUGAAUCAGCAUUAAAAGUUCGCGUUGAGGAUCUUCAACGUCAACUGGAUGAAUUGAGCUCACAACGCGAUCGAUUGCGUGCACUUGUUAAUGAAUCUACCACCGAAAGUACAGGUAUUAUAACGCUUUAUAUAUGCAUGAUGGCACUUCAUUAUAAAAACCAGCUUCGUGCUGAAAUAACAGAUAAAAACAAGCAGUUGGCAUCGCUUACAGACUCUAAGAGUGAACUGCAGAAGGUACAUAACAGUCUUCUUCGAGAUUUAGAAAGCGAAAGACAAAAGAAUAUGGAAAUGGAAGCGAAUCUAAAACGAAUACGAAUUGAAAACGAGAAAUUAUUGAGGGACAUAAGACAAGUACAGGAGAGUUCAACUAGGAAGGUGGAAUCAAGUAAGAGUGCACUCGAGGACGUCGUCGAGAAUUGUCGCACUGUUGCGCGAGCGAAAUCGGAUGUGAUGCGUGAAAAAGAUGCGAUUAAUAAUGAAUUAAUUUCGUUAAGAGAUCGCUUGAAAAAGAUCGAUGAGAAACGCAUCGAAGCAGAAUGCAGAUUGAGUAAAUCUGAGACAAAUUGUCAACGUUUACAACAGCUGCUAAACGAAUAUGAGGAAAAUGCUCGCAGAAUGCUCACUUCUGCUCAUAAAGCUGAUGCUGAAUCACGUCUGAACAAUUGUCGUCAGUUGUUGCUUUCGCAAGAAGAAGCAGUGAAUGUGAAGAAUCAUGAGCUGAAAGGAUUCAAAAGUCGUAUCAUGACGUUUGAGUUGCAUUCCAGAGAGAAGGACGCUAAGAUAAACGCUCUCAACGAACAAAUUGGCUCGUUGAAAACUGAACUAAUUGCAAUGGAAGAGGAGCACAAAUCCUGGAAAGCAUCCGAAGCACUUUGGGAGGAUGAACGAAUCAGAUUGAAUCAGUUGCAAAAACGUACCGUUGAAGAGUUAGAAAAGUAUCGUUCCGAGUUAAAUGCGCUUAAAAAUAUCAAUAGCAAUCUGAGCACUCAACUAGCAGAUAGCGAACAUGCAUCGGCAGUCGCACAGCGUCAGUGCACCGAAUUGACGAAGGCUGUUAACGAUUACAGGAAAUCGCUGUUGCAAUUACAAAUUCGUUCGAAAGAACAGUUGCAAGGCCACACUCAUCCAGCGGCAACAGCACGUUCAUCAUCUAUAUGCACAAAUGAAAUCGAAGAAAUACGCAAUCGGAACGUUAAUGCAUCAAGAAAGAUCGCCGAAUUACAAGAGGAAAUACGAAAACUAACAACAGAUAAAGCAUGUGCACAAGAUCGACUGAACGCGCUCGAAAAGUUCGAGACAGACCAUCGUACACUACAAGGUGGGAUGAGACGUGAGUUGGAAUUGUUAAUGGCUGAUAAAGUUCGUUUAACGAAUGAGGUUGACGAUUUGAAAAGACGUUUGUUGAGAACUGAAACGGAGCGACGUGAAUUGGAUGCGAAUCGUGCACGUCUUGAGCGAGAACGCUGUGCACUGAAAAGUCAUAUUGAAACACUAUCACAACUGGAAAAGGAAAACGGCGGUCGAGCACUCGUUGAAAUCAGUACACAAAAACGCCUAUUGGAAGGUCAAUUGCAGCAUUUAACACACGAAAAACGUGAGGUAAAUAUGACUUAUCUUUUGCAUAUUGGAAAAUUUUAUGGUUUGUUUUUUUUUCUCAAAUUUUCUUCUUUUAAUGCAUUUAUUUUUUUAAAGUUGGAACAGAUUUAUGAGGAGCGUGAGAAGGGAUAUAUGCAGAAGAUGAGAAUGUUCGAAUCGAAAAUCGCGAUACUGCAUGAACAGUUAGAAGAUGAACGUAAACGAAGGCGUGAUUUCGUCGAGCGUGCAGUGGCGAAUGAACGUGACAUCGGUGAGUUGCGAUUGGGAUUGGAUGAGUCAAUCGCUUCAUUACAACGUCUCACAAUACACCAAACGCCGUUGAAGCGAAAACGAUCUUCAUCUGUUGCGAUCGUACGCACUACUAGUAAUAAUAAUCGAAAUGUUAGCAGUCAUAAUUCAAGGCAAUUUCAACAAUCAUAUCAUUGUACUACAUCCAAAUGA